AUGUCGUCCACCAUUAGCAACCUCGAGCGCGAGGACCACAGUCGCGAUGCUGCCUUUAGCAAGGCCAUGCAUGGAAAAUCGGCCGAUGCCAAAGGUGGCAUUGCUGCCAUGUUCGCCAAGGGCGGGCAAGCGAAGCAGGUGGCCGUUGACGAGUACUUCAAGCACUGGGACAACAAGGCAGCCGUCGACGAGACUCCUGAGCAGCGCGCAGAAAGUGUGCUGACAAUGAGCCAGGAGCGAAACGCCGAGUAUGCCACUCUGACGAGGCAUUACUAUAACCUUGUCACCGACAUUUACGAGUAUGGAUGGGGUCGGUCGUUCCACUUCUGUCGCUUUGCCUACGGCGAGACGUUUCACCAGGCCAUCGCUCGUCACGAGCAUUACCUAGCGCAUUGCAUCAACAUUCAAAAGGGAAUGAAGGUCCUAGAUGUCGGAUGCGGUGUCGGCGGUCCCGCGCUCGAGAUUGCCAAGUUCACAGGAGCAAACAUUACAGGCCUGAACAACAAUGACUAUCAGAUUCAGCGCGGCACGCGCUAUGCGGCCCAGCAAGGCCUCGCCAAUCAAGUCGACUUUGUCAAGGGCGACUUCAUGCAAAUGUCAUUUCCGGAUAACUCGUUUGACGCCGUCUACGCCAUUGAAGCUACAGUACACGCCCCCAGUCUUGAGGGUAUCUACAGCGAAAUCUUUCGCGUCCUCAAGCCCGGCGGCACCUUUGGCGUGUACGAAUGGCUCAUGACGGACGAGUACGACAACGACAACCUCCGCCACCGCGAGAUCCGCCUCGGCAUCGAGCAGGGUGACGGCAUCGCCAACAUGUGCAAAAUAUCCGAGGCCCUAGAGGCGAUGAAGGCGGCCGGCUUUGAGCUGCUGCGCAACGAGGACCUGUCCACGUACCCAGACCCGUCGCCUUGGUACUGGCCGCUCUCGGGGGAGAUGAAGUACAUGCAGUCCUUGGGUGACGUCUUUACGAUCGUCCGCAUGACGGGCUGGGGCCGCGCGAUUGCGCACAACUUGGCGGGCCUGAUGGAGACGCUACGGCUCGCGCCGGCCGGGACCAAGAAGACGGCGGACAGCUUGGCGCUGGCGGCGGAUUGUCUGGUGGCUGGUGCACGGGAGAAUCUGUUUACGCCCAUGUAUCUGAUGGUUGGUCGGAAACCCGAGUAA